AAGAGGAUGAUAGGAAGGAAAAAGAGGAGAGGAGCCAUGGCGUGUGGUAGUGUGUACGCAGCGGAGACCCAACUUGGCCGUGACCUUUCCACUCUCGAAUUGACCCGGCCUGACCUGGCACCGGAGAGGGCACGCCCGACGAGAGAUAACCCGUCGAUAAGUAGAAGCACUUCGUAUAUGAGCAGCGGGUCCGUCCACGAGGCGAUCCGAUUCCUUCAAGCGGAGCACGAGACGGUGUUGAGCGGCCUUCACCAGCAGAUCCAACUCCUUCAGCAGCGGUGUGAUGACCUGCAGUUCGAGGCGCACCUGCGCCACGUGACGCAGACCGGCGAGGACGCCCUUCGCAAGCAGGUGUCCGAGCUGAAGAAGGUGCUGGAGGAGCGGACGGGCCGCGUCUCGCAGCUGGAGGGGCAGCUGGCGGAGCAGCAGAAGCUCCUGGCUGACGAGCAGGAGCAGCAUCGGUGGCGCGAGGUGCAGCUGAAGCAGCAGGUGGAGGCUGGCGAGCAGCGGGUGGCUGAGCUGCGCGGCGAGGUGGCCAAGCUGCGGGCGCAGGUGCGGGAUCUGCGCGUGUACAGCUCCGCCCUGCGCACGGUGGGCGGCCGCGGCCCGUCCACCGCCCGCGCCUCCUCCAGGACCAGCACCAGCGCACGCCCGCUCUCCCGGAGCUCGCGGGCGUCCGUGGGCUCGCUGGACUCCCUCGAGUCGUCGGGGCCGCGCAGCCUGGGCUCGGAGGACGGCGAGGCGGGCUCGUGGCGCGGCGCGCGGCUCGGCGGCGGCGCCGGCCACGCCUCCGCCAGGCACGCGCGCCCCGACAAGGCGCCGCUCAGCCCCGGCGCGCGGAACACCUUCUCGCUGCCGCCCACGCUGCCCGCCACGCCGCCCUCGCUGCCGCCCCUCGCCUCCCUGCCGUCACCGCGCCCGUCCUCCUCGAACAUCGUCCUGCCGCCCAUCUCGGCCGGCCAGGGCGUGUCCCGCCCGCAUGUCCGGCGGCAGCUGCGCCUGGCCUCCGCGCCCAUCCUCGACAUCGAGCGCAGCGACCCCCCUCCGCAGCGCGACCCCGCAUGACCCCUCAUGGCCUCGGCUCCGCGACAGAGAGCGCCCCUCCGCAGUGCCCCCCCGCACGCUGCCGGGGUCGGCGUGUCCUCCAGGAGGACGUCCGGGGCGUGGGGCAGCCGGGGGGCUUCCAGCUCUUCCAGGGACCAGAGACCAUAGAGAGCGACGUAGUGGAGCGGCAGAUCCUCGGGACAGGCGUGCGCGUCUCCCAGAAGGUCGUGCUGCGAGACUUGGGGCCUCUGGUGGCCCGUCUCGCGCGAGGGACUCCAAUGCGGCCGCAACUGUUCAGCGCGAGGGCGUAGUGAGUGCGGUGCAUGUGCUGCAGAGACACGCAAUGAAGCAUGGUGGAAAAAGAAAAAUGGAUCAAUAUAAAGUACAAUUAUGAAACCUGAUUAGCCAAAACCCAUGAAGGAUGACGGAGAUUUAGCGUACCAUAGACAAGGUGACAACACGGUGUAUAUAUGAAUUCACCUUGACUGACCUGUGAUACCGUUGCGAUUCGAAAAGACAACGAAGGAAUCGUGAUGAUAAUGACCUAACCUGAGAGAAAAAUAGAUUUUGGGAGAGCUCGUUCCAUUUUGUUCUGCUUAUGGUAUACAUAUCAUGUAAUUUUUAACACUCCUUGUAUCAGUUGAAGGAGUGAAAUUUCUUGGUUUUCUCUUUUGAUUAUUUUCACGAUAAUUUUUUUUUAGCACUGCACUUCUUUUGAAAUGAUUUCGUAUACUUUUGAUAAAGUGUUAGUCGUGUAUAAUCGGCUGUAUCCCUUGACAUGAGCAAAGAUAUAUUUCAUUAUAUUUGUUUUCAUUUGUCAUUUUAGAGUAUGAGUAAACCGCACACACACACACACACACACACACACACACACACACACACACACGCACACACACACACACACACACACACACACACACACACACACACACACACACACACACACACACACACACACACACACACACACACACACACACACACACACACACACACUUGCACGCACGCACUUUCUAAUUUUGAAUUUGAUUAGAUUCAUGAUUUUGAAUGAAGGGUAUGAAUACUAUUUUAAGUUCAACAUGAAAUGGAUCUACAAUGGAACUAAAAGGGAAAAUGCUGUAUUUGUAGUGCUAUCAAAAGAUGUAUAGAAUGCCUUUGUAACCCCUAAUGGGAAACGAGUAUAUGAUAUAUAUUCCAAACAUACAGUGAAGAUUUUUUCAUGUUCAAUGAAACAUCUAUCACUGCAAUUUUCUCUUUUGUGCGUGGAGGCAAUAUUAUGAAAAAGAGAGGAAAGGAAAACGAGAAAAAAUUAUGUACGCCAGUCCACCCUAGGUACAAACGCAUAACCAGGUUCCGUAAAAAAAAUAAAAGAAAACGAAGUAACGCCUGCACCUUAUAUACAGUAUAUAUUUUUUAAGGAUACCCCUUUUUUUGGAUUCAAUGGAUAUUUCCCAUUUUCUGACAUUCAGAUAACUCCUCCAUAGUGUUAUAUGAAAUGGUGUAUUGUGUAUAUACCUUUUUUUCUAAAACUGACGUAUAUUACCCUGAUGUUGAUAGCCAAUAUGUGUGUAAUAAGUAUAAAGUUCAUACACAGUUACGGUAACUGUCGAGCUUUCGUGUUUGAACAAUAUUGAACUUUGAAUUUAGAAAUAGCAAUACCUCAUAUUGUAUCUUUUUUCUGGAUAUUGUUUUUUUGAUUGUCAUUACUAAUUGAAUUAUCAUAAUAAUGACUUUUGUAUUGUUAUUACAUUUGGUGUUCAUACUAUUGCUAUUGUUUAUUUUUCUCUAUUUUUAAUAUUAUUAAUAAUGCUUUCAUUAUUGAUA